AUUUAAUAAUAUAAAUUUUUAGAAUUACAUCGAUAUAAUUAUAGCCGUAGUUGUAAAUUAUCAUAUUUUUCGAUGAUUUAUAAGCGCAUGGAAUACCGCUACUGGAAACCUUUGUCGAUGAUCCCCGAUUUUAAGAGUUUGAUUCUGAUUUUUUUAUAUCCUAAUAUAAGUUUUGAUUUUGAAGACUUGAAGCUGGGACUUAACGAGAUUUUAAAAUAUUAUUUUCUGUGUGUGAUAUACUACAAUUAAGAAGUAAAUAAUUUUAUAACUGUUAUAUACUAGGAUUUAUUUUCCUCAGAAUAUCUCGAGAAAAUUAGAUUCGAGAUUUGGCAAGAGUCGUAAAAAGAAUCAAUGCGCGACAUUGAAGACAUUUUUUACAUACGGUUAAUUGGUGGAAAUUAGUUUUGUUAUUCAUAAGAAUUAAUAAUGUAAUAAGUAUGGAAAUUUUAAAUGCUACAAGAAAAGACUUGAAACUAGAAAUGAAAACAAAAUAACUCAAUGUUUCCAACAUAAUUUAACAUAAUUUAAGUUAUUUAAUUUUUUCUUUACAGAAUCUUUGCAGUCAUAAUAGUUUCUAUUUUCAUUUUAGUAGAGAGAUUCUUUUCAAGUGACGUAAAGUGAAACUUUUAAGUAAAUUUUCAAGGGAAGCUACCGCGUUUGUUGCAACUUUUUAACUUUCAGCAUUAAACAUCUGGCGAUUAAAUAGUGGACUAGAGUUACGAAAGCGCACAAACUCUACUUGAACUUAAAUGAAUGGUAAGUAUAUACCGUUACUUAAAAGUUUAGUUUGUGAAGAGUCUUAUUUUCGCUUGUAGCGCGACAAUUAAUGUCUCCGCACAGUAUCUAUUAAUAAAGAAAAAUCAAUUAGAUGAAAUUUAUUUCCGAAGAUAAAUCGAGCUUCUCUUUGUUUCAUAUAAUUCAUAAUUUGAUAUAAUUUAAUUUGUGUGAAUUCGUGCAUGACAUCAUCUUGAAUCAUCAUUCUCUUAUAGGAAGAAGGCUAUCAUUUUCUCGGCGUUUCACUCGAGAAUCGGAUUGUUUCACGGAGACUCACGAAGAAUCGAACUGUCCUAAGAGCCCGCAAACGAAAUCAGGUCACGGCUUCCGGAGCGCGCGCCGCGCGCGUUAGGAGGAGCUCAAGAAAUCCGUUCCUUUUUUAAUUCAUAGGACGCGGCGGAGACAUUUAUAACGGGCGUCAGCAAAAUCCGCGAGUGUUAGUGGCAUUGUGUCGAAGGGUGGCCGAUACACACGCACACAUACGCACACGUAGGGGGACAGGCGCAAUACAUGAGGAUGCCACGAGCGCGCUCGUGUGGACCACAGGGUGCCACAGGGGUGAAAUUUAAAGGGAGGGGCUGCUCGCGAAAAUGGCCGUUACGCACGGGGUAGAUCGUCCGGGGGUGGACAAGUAACGGGUGGUUCUUCGUCCGUGUCUACCACACCGACCAAUUGACCGAUCGCCUCGCGACGAUUGACACGGUUUACCCGAUCGGCACGGCUAUUAUGCGGCGGCGGCCAAAAGGCGAUCCCUGCUCUGCUCUUCUCAAACCCCCACCAGACGCGCGACCUUCCAUCCCUUCCGUCAAGAGGUAAGGUCGUAUCUGUUUUGUGCGUUCUCGAAACGCGUACGGGGAUCGUUUUUAGUAUGUGAUCAAGAUUCCAUCCCGAGAGUGUACACGUCGCGACGCGAGAUGCGCCCGUUUGCUAAGAGAGUUAUUUUGACGCCUGCCAAAAAAAAAGUAGAACAGGGUAACCACCCCUGGCAGGUGAAAUCUUUCGUUCAGCGAGCGUAACGUAAAGAUACUCGGCUGGACAUAUUACGCCCACAUCUCGAAAAUGUACAUCAAACGAACUAAAUAGAAAAAGAGGAAGGGGAGAGCGUAAGGAAAACUGAGGAAGAUGCUUGGCUCCUAUUCGGGAGUUGUAAUUUUCCUCUUGUUAGGGGCUUCUGUGUCAGUAUCCGACACUGCGGAUGCCGCCAAGUCUCUGAGGGCGGCGAAGGCCAAGCUCAGAUCGUCAUACGCAUCGUGGCGGAUAGUGGUAUGUUUAACACAGCCUCAGACUCCUUUCAAGACAGACGUACAGAGAGCAUGGGAGGAAGCGAGACUGGAAUCUUUUCACGCGGACAUGGAUGUGUCGUAUAUAGAAGCAAGGAUGACACCCAUGACGGAUUCCUUGUCAUAUCCCUUGUCACUGUUAAACAAAUUUUGUACAGACAUCGAAGGCGGAAAGACAGUAUUAAGCCUUAUUAUAGGGGGAGGAUCAGCAGCCAGAUUUCUCGUCACGGCUGCGGCCGCCUUGAAUCUUCCAGCUCUGUGGUUGCCGUUUACGCACAGGGAUUUUCUCCGUCAGGGAAAUCUCGGUCGAUUCGAGAAUCGUAUAGGUUCGAGCCCCAGAGAAGUCGGGGCUGCGGCUGCCGCCUUAAUGCAUCGGGCUAAUUGGCACGCGUUCACCCUCCUCAUCGACACCACUCUCUUACCGCUAACCCAUCUUCUACAAACGAAUCAACCGACGCUAACCCCCCGCGCGAUUAUACACCUUCCGACGAAUGACAAGACUCUGAGAUUGAGGUUGAGGAGGGUGGCUGAAGAAGGCGGCAGCGGCGGAGUCGUGGUGAUGGCUUGCGACCUCAACAACGCCCGUAAGAUCCUCGGAGUAGCCGGCAGAUACGAGAUGCUCUCGGGCAGAUUUCUCUGGCUGUGGUUAGACCUGAAAGCGGAGCUGCGGCCCAACGAGCCCAACAUAAUCAGUUCGCACGUCGUCCACAGCUCGCGGGCCGCCAUUACGACGAACAUGGAGAACUUUCCGCUGCUGGAGCGCGUGACUAAUCUCGCGGAUCCCCGAGAUCAGUUGCCACUGAACUCCCUGCCUAGUCUGGCCAACGACAUACAUCGGCUGCAAGAGUACAGAUGGAAGGAUCACGAGAAGACGGUGGUCAAACGGGAGGAGCGUGGCUUCAAUUUCGACGAGGAGGAGGACGUGAGGCACCCCAGCGACAAAGAGCUCAACUCCAAGAGCUUUAUGCCGAUCGGCAUGCUCGCACUGAGGCCCUCUGGCAUCAAGAUCAUGGGCGGCGAUACCAUACUAUCCCGGAUGCUGAGGGAGACCUCGCAGGCGUUGGACGAGACCUUCCUGGAGACCAAGGUGCGGCUGAGCCGCUUGCGGGAGCCGCAGCUUAGAGAACAUUUCUUACCGGAGUGCUUCCCGGGCCGUAACGCCAAGUUCAUGACGAGCGACGUAAGAGGAAAUAUUUCUGCGACCCUAACGAGGAAACUGAGAAUAUCCAUGAACCAAAUUUCUAAAGACAAAGCGGAGUUUCAGUUGCUGAAUUUGCAGGCCAUCAGGUUUCCCGGGAAUAAGACUCAAUUAAGGUGGACCAAGGUUGGCACCAUCAAGGGAGGCAGGGAGGUUCGUUUGGACACGAUAAUCUGGCCGGGCGGCGGCAUCGUGCCGGCGUAUCUCGAGCAGGGUGGUGAGAAGAUCGGGAUGCCAAUUUACCGGAUCGUGACUGCACUGGCAUCGCCGUUCACCAUGGUCACGAGCUUGCAAGAGGGCUUCUGUUUGCGCGGCCUUACCUGCCGGCAAGGCAACGCUAUAGUUUGCUGCUACGGCCUGAGCGUAGACUUGCUGGGGCUAAUGGCACGCGAACUCGGCUUCCGGUUCGAUCUAUACCUGGCGGAGGACGGGCUGUUUGGCAAGCGGAACGGACGCAGCGGCACGUGGAACGGUGUGAUGGGCGAGCUGGUAUCUGGUCGGGCACAGCUCGCGUUCGCGGCUCUCAGCGUGUCCACGCACCGCGCCGAGGUCGUGGACUUCACCACGCCGUAUUACUUCAGCGGUGUGAGCUUCCUCACGGCGCCGAAGCUACGCUCCGACAUACCGCUGUUCGCGUUCUUGUUCCCGUUCAGCACGGAGCUGUGGAUCGCCGUGUUUACGUCGCUCAACUUCACCGCGAUCGCGGUCGCGCUCUACGAGUGGUUCAGCCCGUUCGGCCUGAAUCCUUGGGGCAGGCAGCGCAGUAAGAACUUUUCCAUUGCGUCCGCUCUAUGGGUGAUGUGGGGCCUCCUGUGCGGUCACCUGGUCGCCUUCAAGGCGCCAAAAUCUUGGCCUAACAAGUUCCUCAUCAAUAUCUGGGGCGGCUUCUCCGUCAUCUUCGUGGCCUCGUAUACGGCCAAUAUCGCCGCCCUUAUUGCCGGUCUCUUUUUUCACUCCGCAGUCAGCAAUUAUCACGACAAGAGUUUGCUGUCGCAGAGAGUCGGUGCACCGAAGGCGUCUGCAGCUGAGUACUACGUGCAAAGAGCGAAUCCGCAAUUGUGGUCCCACAUGGCCCGAUACUCCCUAUCGGACGUCGCCGAAGGCGUGGAAAGAUUGAGAAACGGCAGCCUGGACAUCCUGAUCGCGGACACGCCGAUCUUGGAUUAUUACCGAGCGACUGACAACGGCUGUCGCUUGCAAAAGAUCGGCGACACCAUCAACGAGGAUACGUACGCAAUCGCGCUCACGAAAGGACACCCCCUGAAGGAGAGCAUAUCGAAAGUUAUCGCGAAUUACACGAGCAACGGGCUGCUCGACAUACUGCAGGAGAAAUGGUAUGGUGGUCUACCGUGUCUCAAUGGCCGACAAGGCAUGGACGCGGGGCUGGAUCACGAACCGGGUGGUCAACCCAGACCACUAGGAGUGACAUCAGUGGCCGGGGUGUUCUGCCUGCUCGGAAUGGGCGUGGUGCUCGGUACAAUCAUACUGAUCGGCGAGCAUCUGUUCUACAAGUACACGUUACCACGAUUGCGACGCAGACCGGAGGAUUCAAUCUGGCGCAGUCGCAACGUGAUGUUCUUCUCGCAGAAGCUGUACAGAUUCAUCAAUUGCGUGGAGCUGGUCUCGCCGCAUCACGCCGCUCGGGAACUGGUGCACACCGUGCGGCAGGGCCAGAUCGCGUCGCUCUUCCAGAAAAGCGUCAAACGAAAGGAACAUGAACAACGUCGCAGACGUAAAAGCAAAGCGCAGUUCUUCGAGAUGAUUCAAGAAAUCCGAAGGGUUCAACAAGAAGAAAAGAUUGAGGCAGUGCCCGAAGAACCGGAGGCUGGAAAGAAGGAUGAAAAAUUGGGGAAGGGCAGGGAGAGAAGCCGCAGCAAGAGCCCGCUGAUGCCACGAAGCCCCAAGCGCUCAGAGAAGAGCAGAAGCUCGAUCAACUUAUCGGCGUCUCGCCUCGGGCUGUCGCCAGUGAGUUUCGACGCGCCGAUUAAGCCCCGCGAGUUCACGCUCAGCAGCACGAAUCUGCGUGCGAGGAGCCCACUGGAGACGGUCGGCCGCAGAUUGAGCCACGGUGACGGCGGCUCGCCGCCGCCGCAUCUCGGCUCUAACUUGGGCGGCAGCGCUACGUUACGUCCGUUUGUGCCCAGGAGCGAUUCGACCAGCGGCGGUACGCCGACCAUCAGGCGCGAUUCCGCCGCGGGUGGCGCGCCGACACCGAGAUACGCGCGCAGCCCGGCCAAACGGGGUCAAUCCUUUCCUGUAUUCGCCACUCUGAGACCGCCGCACUCGGGCGAUUACCAGGCGUCCAAGAGCCCGCUGUUGUCACCCAACAGCGAUCUGUCCGCUAUCGGAAGGAAGCUGUCGCGCGAGUGGGGCUCCGGGACUAUCGACCUCACCAGAUCAUCGGAGACUAUAGGCGGCGGCGGCGGCGGCGGUGGCGGUGGCGGUGCCAGCGGCGGUUCAACGCGCACCCUGAAUCAGGAGAUGACGCUCUUCCUGGGUCGUUCGCAGUACGAAAAGGAGGCGGCGUUGCCGAUGAAGAAGCCGAUACGGCGCGCCAGGAGUCACGAGAAUCGCGACAGUGGCAAGCUGAUGGCGGAUCUACCGUCGCCGAGAUUGACUCAGCCAGUGGUGGGUGGCCAAUCGGUGAGCGAGCGCACCAAGAGGCAGCUGGAAUCCGAGCUGAAGGCGAUUCUAACUGCUAGGGCCCACCAUCGCGACUUGCAUCCCCCUUGAUAGGAGAGCAGCCCGUACUGAAGGGAGUUCUUGAAAGCAGUUCGGCAACUUGGAGGAACGCCGAGCCUCUGAGGGGCUUUGAUUGAUUUAAGCAAUAUCAGAUUUAUAGGUCAAUUUGUAGAGGAAAAUCCGACAGUUUAUCAGAGAUAUUACGAACUAGCCAGAGUCACGAGGCACGGCGGAGUACGUAG